AUGAAAAGGGCCACUCAUCAUCACCACUACAGCCACAGCGAGGAGUACUACACAGAGAGCAGCCGAGGAUCUGACCUGUCUGACAUACUGGAGGAGGACAAGGAAGAUCUUUACUCUGAGAUGCAGCUGGAGGAGGGCCGCAGACACAGUAUCAACUCUCACAACACUCUCAAGAUCAUUGGGAACUUGCCGUCACAUGGAAGCGCUGAUCGUCUGGACCAUUCAGGGAGGAGGCCGGUUCACAUUGGCACCCCCCCUCAGCGAUGUCCACUCCCAUCCAUUGAGAUCACCAUGGACAGUAACAGUGAGGGGAGUGAGGGGAACCUCUCACCUGUCAAGGAGGAUGUUUACUAUGGCAGUGUAGCUCGGCGCAGGAUAUGGCGAUCUAUGUCCUCAGAGGAUCAAUAUGGUAUGUAG